AUGAACAAAGUUUUCAUCUGUGCCUUUUUAUUGUUGGCUUUGACUUCUGCUAACCCUGUCAGAAGCUACUUCGAAAGUUUCUUCUCUACUUCUACUGGUGGUUGCUCUUGCUCAGGAAUCGAAGCUAUGGUUGCUGAAAGUGAAGGAAAGAGAAGCUGCGUCUAUUUGGACACUAAGGGAAUCCCCACUAUUGGUAUUGGUUUCAAUCUCUAAAGAAGUGAUGCUAGAUCUCUUAUCUCCAACUUGGGUCUCAACUACGAUUAAGUUGUUGCUGGUAAAUAAUGUCUUACUGAUGCUCAAAUCUCUUCUCUUUUCAACAACGACUUAGUUUGGGCUAAGGCUGGUGCUGCUAACUGCGUUGGAUCUUUCAACUCCCAACCCACUUGCGUCCAAAACGUCUUGAUUGAUAUGACCUUCAACAUGGGUAAGAGCUCUCUUUGCUCAUGGCCUAACUUCGUUAAGCAACUUGCUGCUAAAGAUUACGCUGGUGCUGCUUCUAACAUGUAAGGAUCUGCCUGGUGUGGUCAAGUUAAAAACAGAUGCACUAGAGAUGUUAACAUCGUUAAGAACUGUUGA